AUGUCCUGCGUAUAUAUCCACGGUUUAUAUCUUGACGGAGCAGGUUGGGACCGAAAGGCAGGCAGACUGAUGGAGCCACCACAAAAGGUGCUUUACACUUUACUUCCAGUCGUGCAUCUGUCCACCUACUGCACUACGGACAAGACAGCUGUGACAGCAUCCAGUUCAGCCACGUGUUACACCUGCCCUGUCUACAAGAAACCCUCCAGGACAGAUAUCAACUUUAUAUUUCCACUGCGAUUAAGAACUAACAAAGAUCCAAAUUACUGGAUUCUGCGUGGUGUGGCACUACUUUGCGACAUCAAAUAA